UCCAGUUCAGAGUUCGCAUUCCUUCAGGGCUUUGUAGAAACUUCUUGCUGACACCUUCCCUCCCUCUCUGUGGCCCCAGAUGACGUCGCCGGCUGUUGCACUCUAGAAUCGGGGCCCCGGCACUGCAGAGAAACUCGUGCAAGUUCGCGAUGCACUUCCAAAUAAGACACCUUGUGCGCCUGAACGCCUGCGCUCGGGUGGAACGCCGGCCGGUGAGGAAACUGUGCGCAGCGGCACAACAACGUGGCGUCAGAGCAGCAGGACCACAUGCAUCUGCCGGUUUGAAGACGCGUUUCCAGGUGCGGGGCUGCAGAAGCUAUGCAUCCGACUCUGCGUACGGCCGAGCCUUCGUCACAGCGAGGGAACACCCCGAGAAGUUCUGGGCGGAGAUGGGGGAGAACAUACACUGGUUUGAACCGUGGAGGCAAACUUUACGCGUUGAGGAUCCGGUGUUUCCGAACUGGUUUGUUGGAGGAAAGUUAAACAUGUGCUUCAACGCUGUGGAUCGCCAUGUAGAAAGCGGCCGUGGACAACAGCCUGCCAUCAUAUACGACAGCCCAGUGACUGGAACUAAACAGGUCAUCACUUUCAGGGAACUGCAGGACCAGGUGUCCAGGUUGGCAGGAGUCUUGGUGAAGAAUGGGGUAAAGAAAGGAGACCUCGUCGUCAUCUACAUGCCCAUGGUGCCUCAGGCCAUGUUCACCAUGUUGGCCUGCGCUCGCAUCGGUGCCCCACAUAGCCUCAUCUUUGGGGGCUUCGCCUCUAAAGAGCUCUCCGUCCGCAUCGAUCACGCCAAGCCCAAGCUGAUGGUUACAGCCUCAUUUGGCAUCGAGCCAGGCAGAAGAGUGGAGUACAUCCCUUUGGUGAAGAAGGCCUUGGAGCUGAGCUCUCACAAGCCCUCCAAAGUCCUCAUCUACAACCGGCCCAACAUGGAGAAAGUAUCACUGGGUCCGGAGCUGAGCCUGGACUGGGAUGAGGAGAUGGCCACCGCUCGGCCACAUGACUGUGUUCCUCUGCCCUCCGACCAUCCUCUGUAUGUGCUCUACACAUCUGGUACCACUGGAACACCGAAGGGUGUUGUGCGAGACACUGCCGGUUAUGCUGUGAUGCUGAAAUGGACCAUGUCAAAUAUUUAUGGACUAAGUCCCGGAGAUGUUUGGUGGGCAGCAUCAGACCUCGGCUGGGUGGUCGGCCACUCGUAUAUCUGCUACGCUCCUUUGCUCCAUGGUAACAGCACAAUUCUCUAUGAGGGUAAACCUGUCGGGACUCCAGACCCCGGGGCCUUCUUCCGUGUCCUGUCUGAACACGGAGCCUCCUCCAUGUUUACAGCACCCACAGCUAUCCGAGCCAUCCGCCAGCAGGACCCCCACGCUGCAGUAGGGAAGAAGUAUCCUCUGUCCAGGUACACAGCAAACCUUAACACAACUAAACCGCAGGUGAAAGAAGGAG